AAUAUUAAUGAGCCUUCAGCAAAUUCGUACCUGGUUUAAUCAAUCAGUAAGAACAGUGUUCCGCUGUGCGAGUGUUUUGAAGAUAUUAUGUAAUAUUUAUGCACUACGCGCUUGGCCAAGGAGAAUUUAAACGAACAUGGAAGAGGAAGCCUGCACCAAUUUCAAAUCCAUAAGAGCAAAGUUCCAGAAAGAGAUCCAGGUGAGGUACAGACCUGCGCUUCCCGAGAAACCCAAACGCCUCCCGACCUCUGCUGUAGGCCGCUCUGGUCUGAUAACCAUGAGCUUUUCUUCAGCUGUGGAAGCCAAGAAGGCCAGUCAACCCCGGGUCAUUGUGAGAGAAGACCUGAAAACACCUUCAGGAAAACGCCCUGUAUCGUUCCCAAGCACAACAUCGGGAGAUGGGCCCAACAGGCAGUCACUUAAAACGUGGCAUUCGCCCCUCGUGUUGCCGCUUUCAAGCGAGCCAAAGCAUGACUCUUCCGCACCUCCUUCAAAGAGCAUCACCUCGCCUCUUAAAUGCAUCAUGAAACCAAUUCCUACACCUUUCAGCUUGACUAGAGUUUCAGUGUGUGGCAGAGAAAUUGGUAAAAACGGUCUGGGGCUUGUGAAAAAAAGUGGUGCUUUUAAUGUUCAGAUGCAAGAGUCCACCCUAAAGACUGCAAGCACAGAAGCUGUGGAGGUCCAACAGAAGAUGGUGUCAAAUCCUGGAUUGCUGGAUCAUCCACCUUCACCUAAUGAUUCACUGACAGAUUCAUCUUCUGGAAGUGUUACUCAUUUCUUUGACCAGCAUGUCCUGAGCACACUAGAGAAAGCCAAGAGGAAGCUCUGCUACAAGAACCUGUUGGUGUGCGGCAGACCAAAGGGCUUCUACUCUAGUAAAGCACAAGCGCAGCUCGCAGAAAGUCCUGGAAGUUGUCACCAAGAGACUUCUCCAUUGAAGAUUAAUGGAGCAUCAAAGAUCACUGUAAUGGAGCAAGGUGGAGUCAUGCAGUCUGAGAAAGCAUGCAAACCUCUGCCUGAUCUGGCAACCCUAGGCCCUUCGCCCUCAAGGCCGCCAAGACCCCCACAUGUGGAUCUGAGCAAAUAUAAGACUGGAUUUCACACCAGUGACCCAAGCGAAGCACUUACUGUUGAAUCUGCACCCGAGGCUGAGAUUGUGGCCACUGCUAAUGCAUCACUCGAGGACGCAAGCGUACCUCCCCCCGAUUUUCCAGAUUUUGACAUUUCUGCACCAGAAGCCACAGACAGUAAUGCCAUAAAUCUGGCGGCUCUAGAUUUAGAGGCCACUGAAUUUCCAGGGUUUGAUUCGUUGCCUCCGCCUCCACCACUGCCAGAUGAAGACGAUGGCCUGCAUUUACAGGCUGUUUUGGUCCAGCGUUGUCCGAGUCAUUUUGGUCCAAAGCAGUCAGAAGACGCUCUGUGUCAGUCUUUAGAGGACGCAGGAAUCUUGACGUCUGCUACAGAACCAGUGACCUUUGACCUGAGAAUGAAUGGAUCGCACGCCUCCUUCAACCUGAGCGCUGAACACCAACUUCCAUCAGAACCAAUGCAAAAUUCUUCUCAACAAAAGCGUUUCCAUGAAAGCUUUGAUAAUGUUUAUGAGGAUGUGGAAACAGUCCCUAGGUUCUCUUUUGCUCAGAGCUCUUAUAAGUGUAAAGGGGCUCCUAAAAAUCCGUAUGCCGAUAAUGGCCAUGUGAAAGAAGAAACAUGGAGGAAUAUUUGGCAUGUCACUCAAUGGUCUAAUGCAGCUGAAGAUCAAAAUGGCCAACAUGAUGGGCAAAUGUCUUUAUUCUGUUUUCGUGUUAUAGAUGGCUACAUAUCUGUGAUGAAUGUGGAGUUGAACAUUAAGGAGAUGCUUGAACUCGGAAAAAAGGUUUCGCAGGCUGCCGGCCGAGGCCAAACCAAUGGAGAUGACCUUAGUGUCAGCAGCAGGUCCUCUCAUCAGAAUCUUGUGUUUACAAGUAGCUUCACUGAUGACAGUGAAGAAUGGAUGUAUGAAGAUGACACACUGUCGCUAUCAGCUGAAAAUUUGAGUCAGAUCAAAGCUACCUCUAUGCCUGAGAUGUUUGAUAGCAACUCUUCUGCUCAUCAUCCUUCCAGCGAUUGGAGUAUUGAAGACAUGCAGACACAAGAGGCAGAAAGCUUCCAGUUUGCAGACAUUGAUCUCCUGCCGCCUCCAGCUCUUUACGCCGACUCUCUGUGAGCCUCUGUGCAUCGUCAAGGACAUCCUCAUUUCUUCAAGAAGCGUUGUUUGAAAACUAGCUAUCUAGCGCUGGCCUUAGUCUUCAGAUCAUCAAAUCAGACUUAAUUCUCAAAUACAACUAAUGCUUAAGCGGCGGUAGAUUGAGGAUGGAUAACAGACAAUGCCAGCUUAGGGGUUUUAAUGAAAUGGGGGUGUGGCACUUAUUCAUUUGAGCUAUUAAAUUG